UGUCCGCAGUGAGUAUGCGAGUGUCGUGAUCUUCGCCGCACCAUGGAUGUUAAACUCGCGAUCGUUGUGUUAUUCUCGGUUCUCGCUACAGUCUCCCCUAGAAAACACUCACCCCUCAUAGGUGACGAGGGGGGGAGGAGGACUCAGGCUGCAGAAUGCCAGUUCGGGAAGACAUUGAAGGAAUUAGGAUCGACGUGGUUUGCAGAUCUCGGGCCACCGUUCGGUGUCAUGUACUGCAUCAGAUGUGAAUGUGUGCCGUACCACAGGAAGCGGAGGGUUGUGGGGAAGGUCCACUGCAGGAACAUCAAGCAUGAGUGUCCCAAACCAUCUUGCGACGAGCCCGUCCUCGCACCUGACCGUUGCUGCAAAGUUUGCCCAGGAGACGUGAACAGUCCAGAUGUAGUAGAAGAACAGCCGUCAAUUAAUGUGGAAGAAGAAAAAAAUCUGAAACAUUUCGCUGCAGUCCUGACAUCAAAGAUGACAAUGGAAACGGAAGGGAUUACUACACCUCUGACUACAGAUGGCAAUCCGGAUUAUAAGGCCACCGGCAGGUUCACGUUCCAUCGGCGGAAUCUUUACUAUUCCUUCUACGCAACGGCUCGACCUAGGGGUGUGCAGUUUGUUGACAUGAGGGGCAAUAUCCUUGAGGAACAGGUGCUGACACCAUACAGCAAGUACCAGAAUGACACAGAAAAGGUAUGUGGCGUAUGGCGCCGUAUACCGAGGGAGUACCGUCGAUUGAUUCGGGAGGAACGCCUGCAGGUGACACUCUUGUGGGAGCGAGCUGAGCUGGCCAUCACAGGACAACUUUACAGUCACAGGUUUCGCACGUUGGCUACGGAGUUGUACAGUGCGUUGCUGGAAGGACCCCGUCCCAACGUUGCGGGGACGGCCAUAGUCUCUGUCUCCACACAAGCUCCCUCCAUCCACCUUACACUUAUCUUUACGGGGAUCUUCGGACCUGAGGAUAUGUCUGACACUCCGGUCACUGUCAGACUCCAGUCUACCUCUGGCAAGGAAAGGGUCGUCCUAGAGGAGAUGGCAAGAGUGGAGAAACCAUCAUCAGACAUAAAUGUGAUCGAGGUAAGGUCAGCUGUGAGCAAUGCAGACCUCAACCAGAUGUCAAAGCAGCGGCUGUCUGUAACACUGAGCACCAAGGCAGGUCAGAGCAUGUCAGGUCUUGUGCGAACACGAACUACCUGCGAGCUCUUCCAUACCCCACUCUCAUCCCCUCCUGACAAUAAUGAUAAGAAGACCUCUGGGAUGGCGUGGAUGUACAUUGACAAGAACGGAGCACUAAAGUAUCAUGUACGCCUUAACGGAAUUGCACAACCAGACAUGCUUGGUCUUGAUUUAGUAAUUUCUCCCGAAACUAAAACUCCAUUGUCUGCAGUCGUGGAACGACGGUUGCUCGAACUGGAGGACUUGACUCCGACAUUUCACAAUGGCUGGGCGAACGGAACGAUAGACCAGAUCAACACACGCCACCUUGAACAGUUAUAUGAUGGAGAGUUGGCUAUCAAUGUGGCAACAACGGCAACACGAAGCCUCGUCCGAGGGAGACUAACACCUCGGCCUGUAGCGGAUGCGAGGGAUGCUCCAGCACCUUCGUUACUGUUAGAGACAGAACAGGCGGCUGGUGAUAUUGUGGGGAUGAUUUGGGCAGCUGUGGAUAAUGAGUGUAAUCUGCACUAUGAGGUGAUCCUGUCUGGUGCUAAACUAGAUGAUCGCACAAUGGGCCUAUACCUGGAGGAUGUUCCCCUAAUUGCUCCUGGAGCCCCGAUCACUCGUCGUCUCCUAGAAGAGUUCAAUGGUAACAAUGUUGAAGGCUUUGUGCUCGGCUUGACACCCACAGAGCUCACAAGACUUGACACCGGCGUCGUCCACUUCAACAUUAAAGAUCUUCACACAUCAAAAUCACUUUUGAGAGCACAUUGGAAACAGGUAUUUAUUCCGCCGUCGUGUCUUCCCCACUACUCCGACAACAAUGUGCCGCCCGUCAACAACAUCAACAGUGAUGCCAACAUCCCAGAGCAGACAACAUGUUUUCACAGUGAGUCGUUCCAUGAUGAGGGUACACAGUGGCCCAGCCGCUCUGAGCCCUGCACCAUGUGUAACUGCCACCACGGCAGAGUGAAAUGUGACCCAGUCAUAUGCCCCCCUUUGCCAUGUACCAACCCGAUACAACCCAGCGGCCAGUGCUGCCCUACUUGUGACAAUUCCACAUUUGACUCGAGCAACAUCUCACAAGGCUGUUAUCUUGCUGGUCAGCUAUACUCACCUGGCAGCACGUGGCAUCCCUACUUGCCUCCUAAUGGCUUUGACACCUGUGCCAUUUGCAGCUGCAAUAGCUCAACACUGAAUGUACGGUGUACGAGGACUGUGUGUCCACCACUGGAAUGUGACGAAACAUUGGCGGUGCGACGAGUGGGCUGCUGCAAGACAUGUCCUGCGGCUACAUCCUCUGGAGUGCCAGGGGACCCCAACUGGCUUGGGGAUCAGCAGGUUUCUGUGGUUCGCACCAAAGCCGAGGUACUAGCAGCUGGUGGCUGUACAUAUCCGGUGGGAAGGCUGUUUGAAAACGGAGAAGAGUGGCACCCUCGGGUAUUCUCACAUGGGGAAGUAAAAUCCGUCAAGUGUCAUUGCAAGGAUGGCACAGUGAAAUGUGAACGAAGGCGGCAUCACUGAACUAGAUUACAAGUCAAAAUUCGUUGAGUCGUAUCACCGCCCAUUGCUCUGCGCAGUGUUACCAACUGUUGCGUCCGUCACUUCAGUACUAAACAGUACUGUCAAAGCUUCCAACUAGAUGUAACAACUUAGCAGAUAAAUAUUGUAAAUCUAGUAAUAGAACGUAUAAGACUGAUGCAUAUUUUAUACUAACAAAUAAACUAAGUUAUUAUUACUCUACUGACAUUCUGGUUAGAAACUCGCAAAAUCACUGGAUUCUGUCACUAAACGCAUCUACAGUACCUUCUACGAGUUAGGUUAAGUUGAUAGUUUAGUGAAAAUGUUACAAUCUGUGCUGCAUCUGUGUUUCAAAGUUCCCGGUAAAUUGUUCCCCGGUUGAUAGCUCAAAUCAUGUUACUAGUUUUAUAAUCUUUUCUUACGAAUUUCCUUUAUUAGUGGGUGAUUAAUUUUUCACAUAGCCUCAUAUAACUGAGUGCACAUGCAGGAAUAAAAUAACAUGUUUAAAUACGUUUCUAAAUUUGUAAUUAAUAAAUAUUCUUCUGUACUAAAAUUGAGUUCCUAUUUAUUAAUUAUUACUUAACAUACAAUAUGUAAAACCAUAAUUUAUCCUCUAGGAAUAUAUGUCUUGAAUAUCUAUAAAUUUGAUUUGUAUAAGUAAAAAACACACAGUGUGACUAACAUGUCUAUUAAAACAUGUAUAUGUUAGAUAAAAUAGACCUUAACAAUUAAAGAAACAUAAGUUAAUACACUAGGGUAAUAUCUUUGAGUCUGGCUAUACUGAAGUUAAUCAUCCAGUAACACAAAAAAUAAAUAAAAAAAUGACAUAUCAAAAAUAAUUAAGUGUUAUUACUUAGUGUAAAAGUAGUUCAUAGAAUUUGAUUCAUUAUCAUAUAUUUGUGUUUGCAAUAAACUAUAUAGUUAAUCCGUCUAGAAUUCUGACUUUAUUGAAUGAUUCUGGUACGAUAAAAUUACAUAAUAAAUAUUAAUAAAGAUGAAAUAUUGUUUUAUUUUCAGUUCAAGAUACAAUAAUGGCCAUUGGUGUCAGCUCGUCUUUAUAGGCAAAACUGAGGAAUUUGCCUAUAUAUAUAUAUAUUGCCCAAACACGUAGAUAUCUAAAACAGGCACUUUAAUGAGAGUGCAAAAUUUGUUUUCUUCUAGGGUACCAAAAACUGUAGAGCUAGAUGUGAUAGCUAUUUUUAAAAAGACACUAACUAUUCAAAUAAAUAUAUGUAUAAACAUAGUGGAAUGAGAAAAAUUAAGUGAGUCUGAUACAGUUUAAUUAAUUCGCAAACAAAAUUCAAGCAAUAAUUAUAUCAAUAUCUAUUGUAGAGUUUUGAGGAGUACUAAAACAUUCAUAGAUGGUGCUUAAUAGCAUUUUUUUAUCAAAAAAGUACUCAUACAUAAUUUGAAAUAUUGUGAAUUAGAUCAAGUCAUAAUUCUAGACGGGUUGUAACAUUAAAAAUGAGUACCGUACAAUAAAAGGAUUUUUAAAAAUUAACUGUAAUUUUAAGUUUUAACACAGAUACUGCGAAAGAGAAGUUCCUAUUGGAGAGGUUUCACAAUUUACAGGUGGAGCAAAAAUUAAAUGAAAUCAUUCCCCUCCACUGUAAUUCUAGAAGUAAUUAAUUGAUGUCUCAGUUUUUCUCACCUCAUUUAUAACUCGUCUAUUUAGAAGCUUAUGUUUGUGUAAAUACUGCUAUAUUCUGUUCGCAUUAACAAAUCUGUAUUUAAUAUAUUUAAUAUAUGUAUGUCUCAUCGUAUAUUGUUUUGUCGUGUUGUAUAUAGUAUGUUAAGUUGCUGUGUUCAUGUGCCUUGUUGUUAGAGCUGUUUUUAUAUGGAGAAUAGAACGUGUUAAGUUACCAAAUUGUUGGGAAAGUAUGUUAUUACAGAAGUGUGGAAAUUUCUCAAAGGAAUUGUUUUUUUUAUUUGUAGCGAUAACUAAUAUACCUCAAUGCUGGUAGCUGUUAGUAUUUACUAUUUAUUCUUUACAUUGUAUGCAGUCAGUUAACAGUUAACUAUACAAAUGCUAUAAAUAGGCUUUUGUGCAUGUAUAUUUUACAAAGUAUAUUUAAAUAUGUGAAGGUUAAAAGCGUAAUACAUCAAGUUUUGAAUUUCCAAACGUAUAUACUUGUUGAGUACUAAAAAAAGGUUUUGGUUAAGUUUUGGUUUAGUUUUAAAGUUUCUUUGCAGGACCAUUGAAAGUAUUAUAUUAUUAUAUAAAAAAACAUUUUUAAGGCAGGUCCAGAUUUGUUUUGAAAGCUAUGACUAUAUUUUGAAUCUUUAUACAUGUUUUGAUCAUUUUCCUUAUUCUCAAAUUCAUCUUGUUAGUUAGUUACCUAAUAGCUUACUACAAUAAAAGUAAUAAGCACAUUCAGUGCACCAACACAAUAACUGUUGACUUGUUUCUGUCAUGGAAUAAAACUAUGUACAUAUUCAGUGAUUUGAAAAUUAAUGUACUUUAAUAGAAAUCCGCAACACCAAAUAUGAUUACAAUGCUACAUGUACUUUAUGUGUGGCUAAAAAUUGUAAACUUGACGUGCAGCUGCCGGCCGAACAGAAAUAGUUUGAUGCUCAUAUUAUUUGCUGAAGACUUCUUUUGUACAGUAUUUUAAAGUUGGUUGGAAAAUGUGCAUGUGACUUUAAUUUGGAAGUGAUUCUACGUUAAUUCUGUGGUUGUUUUGUCUCAUCUAGGAACUAGCACGCUCGCAAAGAAUAUGUCUACUUUCCAGCCUAGGCUGUAAUUUACUCUCCAGCUAUGUUUGUCUAUAAAUUAAACUUAUCUAUUACAUAUUUUCUUGAUCUCAUUUAAACUCAUUUCUUCAAUAAUUUGUCUACGUCAAGUGAGGAUGUAUUGCAAUACACUAAUACACCAAGAAUUAUCUAAUCUCAAACAUAUCAGCUUAACUAGGCUAUUAUAAUUUUAAUUUCUGAAGACUAUUUAAAAAGUAUAAUGAAAAUACAAAUAUUUAAUAUUUAAUUCUAAUGUUCAAGAUGGGUUAGAGCUAAAAACAAUUGGUUUUAAGAAGCAGAAGAAUGGAUAAAAUAAUGAAAAAAAAUUUCAAUUCCUAUUUUGUGUUCAACUAAUAUAGAAAACUAAAAUUAACAUAAAUAUACACAAAAGAACUCUCGUUACUAAAAAAAUAGUAUAUAACAGUAGACAGACAGCUGUUGUAAUUUAUUGAGUAAUUGUUCUAAAUAAAAACAUUACAAGUUAUAGAAUUUUAGUUUAUAUGUAAAAAAUUCAGCUUGACAGAGUAAUGAAAAAUGGUCCAAUUUAAGUAAUGUGGUUUUGUGUUAUGGCAAUAGAUACAGAUUUCAAAUUGAAAAAUGAUAAAUUUUAAUUGAAAAUCAAACAUUUUUCAUAUAUUAUAACACAUUAGCAAAGAAGAAGGUCCUUAGCUAGAAAACUUAAAUGAUUAAUUUAUGAUGAUUAUUGCUUUGUACACAACAUUAUUGAAUGUAUCCUGUAUGCAGUAAGUUAAAUAAUGCAUAUCUAAAAAUAAAAAAAGUAAAAUCUUGAAAAUAGAUUAUCUUGGUACAUACAUACAUGUCUACAGAAGUAAAAUAUCUUUUGAUUGUGCGUGAUUCUUGUCAUUCCUCCUCAUUGUUCUCUUGGAAAUAUGGCUGAGUCGGCAUAACUGUAUUGAUCAUAGUGAAUGAUAUUUUACUUCUGAGUGAAUGAUCAGAAAAAUAGGUUUUAUAAGAGGUCUCCAAGAAAUUCAUGUUAAACAUAAUUGUUAUGGUUUUGGAAAUGAAUUCAGAUGAGAUCAAGGAAACAUUUAUCACUUUUUAAAACGUUUGAUUAAAAAGCAUUUGAACACAAUAUGUUAAUUGAUAUUACCUGAAUGAAACUAGUUGUUAUAGGUAUAAUAUUUAUAAUACAUUACUUUGGUAUUAAUUAUAAAUUUGAUGUUUUGAUAGAAGCUGAAUUGUCACAAAUAAACAGUAAAAUAUAUGUUAUAAGUAAGUUAAAACAUUUUGUUAAAACUGGCAUAUUAUGGAUAAAUGUACACUGAUAAUUAUUUCCAGACAAGAUACUUAAACUAAUUAUUCUGAUUUUAAGUAUUUCGCACCUAAUUAAAAAAAAAAAAAAAAUACUGAAGGUGGUUUUAAAUCAUGCUUUUUUAACUACACUCAGUCUUCUGGUGUAUUGUAGAAAUGAUAUUAUUAGAAAAAUACUCAAUCAUUCAUGCCUCUCCACUUAUGUACUUAGAGAAAUGGACAGAAAUAACUCGUCCUUCAAGAGUCCCUCGUUGUAUAUAUUAAGAAGUAAGUUACUAGAAAUCUCUAUUUUUCUGUACGAUUGUUGAUGAUAGGUAAUUCCUCAUCCAGUAUUACUGUUUGUAAGAUUUGUGAGAUGUGUUCUUUUUUGUAAUGAACUUCGUUGAAAAUAAAUAAGUAACAAAGAAAA